AUGGCGAGAGGUUCAACAUUCCUCCCCGACCCACAUGCUCGCAUUCCUCCUUUGGCGCACUGGGCUGAACUGGGAGGGCAGGGUUUCUUUCGGUAUCGACUGCCGGGUCGUGCGUGUGUGUGUGUGUGUGUGUGUGUGUGUGUGUGUGUGAUUUUUCCGUUCACUCGCUCUUUGGACUUUGGAUGUGUGGAAGCCAACGGCUGGAGGCACGACCUCCCCGCCUCCUCUCUGCAGUACCAGUGCGGAUCGGUGGACUACCUGUGCUCUCCACGGCUGGCGAAGAAAGGUCCGACUCCCAGACAAUGUCACGACAGGCCCGCCAUCAAACCCCGGCCCCAGCCCUCCACCUCGCCCAGACCGCCAGCCGCACAGAAACCACAAGUGCCCCCUAAACCGUCGCACCUGCUCGCCCUCGGGCAAGACAAGAAACCCAAGAGGAUCCCGCCGCCGCCCUCGCGGCCCCUUCCCGCACCCCCUCCUCCGCCGAAACCGAAGCCCGGCGUCGCAGCGCAGCCGCAGAAAGAGGCCCAGAAGGUGGGGCUGCUCAUCGAGAGGUUCGAGAAUUCAAGGGUUCCCAUCCUGGGGGUGCUCCCGCGGUCCCAGCUGCACUUGUGUCUGAGAAUGGACACCGCGUCCGACAUCACUUCCUCCUGCGGCCAGGAACCCACGGCGAAGGUCGCAGGAGACCCCGCCGCCGUGGACACACUUGCACUUGGCGCCCCCGAACGGACUCACGCGGCGGGGGCGUCCGAACUCUCCCGGCCGGCCUCCGUGCACAUCGACGGCUCGGACGACGCCCCGCUGGACGACUGCGGCGUCGCGCACGGCGUCGGUUGCCUCGGCGACGUGGAAGGCUCCUCCUCCUCCUCCCGCGAGCUCCUGGACAAUCCGGACCCCUCGGAGCAGAACGGGAAGAUUCCCAACCGGGACAGCGGCAUCGACAGCCCGUCCUGCGCGGCGGAGGGGGAGGCGUUCCCCAACGAGGACGCCAUCGACGAGGAGGACCACUACGACAGCGUCACGGAGACGGAGAGCGUGUCCUGCUGCGUCGCCCUGGGCAACAAGCGAGACUCGACGCAGGACGAGGACAGCGACUUGGACGAGGGGAGCAGCGGGGAGAUACACUCUCUCACGGACACGCAGGCCGGGUAUCUGACGGACGCACACUCGGAGGCGCACAAAUGCUCAGAGACCCAGAAUCUCCUGAACAUCGCCAAAGAGCUUCUCCACACUGAAGAGGCCUACGUCAAGCGACUCAACCUCCUCGACCAGGUAUUUUGCACUAAGCUCACAGAGACUGGAAUCCCUCAGGACGUGAUCACAGGAAUCUUCUCCAACAUCUCCUCCAUCUACUGCUUCCACGACAAGUUCCUGCUGCCGGAGCUCAAGACGCGCAUCACUGGAGAAUGGGACUCCAACCCUCGCAUCGGAGACAUCCUCCAGAAACUGGCUCCGUUCAUGAAGAUGUACGGAGAAUAUGUGAAGAACUUUGACCGAGCCAUGGACCUGGUCAACACCUGGACGCAGCGGUCCUCGCAGUUCAAGAGCGUCGUCCAGAAUAUACAGAAACAGGACGUGUGUGGGAACCUGACGUUGCAGCACCACAUGCUGGAGCCGGUCCAACGGAUCCCUCGCUACGAGCUGCUGCUCAGAGACUACCUGAAGAAGCUGCCCGAGGACGCUCUGGACCGGAAAGACGCAGAGAAGGCACUGGAGCUCAUCUCGACUGCAGCUCACCAUUCCAAUGCAGCAAUCAGGAAAAUGGAGAAGAUGCACAAGCUGCUGGAGGUUUACGAGAGGCUCGGAGGAGAGGAGGACAUCGUUAACCCGGCCAACGAGCUCAUCAAAGAGGGUCAUAUCAAGAAGAUGUCAGCCAAAAACGGAACAGCACAAGACCGAUACCUCUACUUGUUCAACAAUAUGGUGCUUUACUGCGUGCCGAAACUCCGGCUGAUGGGGCAGAAGUUCAGCGUCAGAGAGCGGAUCGACAUCGCCGGAAUGGAGGUGCAGGAGAACGUGAAGCAGAACCUUCCUCACACGUUCGCCAUCAUCGGCAAGCAGCGAUCGCUGGAGCUGCAAGCGAGGACAGCUGAGGAGAAAGAAGAUUGGAUUCAGGUGAUCCUGGCCACCAUCGAAAGGCACAAGCAGAACAGCGAGACGUUCAAUAAAGCGUUCAACAGCUCCUUCUCCCGGGAAGAUGACCACCCCCUGAGUCACCGUAAGGGUCCCUGGUGCAACACAUCCAUCGACUCAGACGGGGAAAGACUGCAUGAGAGGAAGAGUUCCAGGAAAAAGGAGAAAGAGAAGCAAACGUGUAAAGGCUGCAACGAGAGCUUCAAUUUCACCAAGCGCAAACACCAUUGCAAGUCCUGUGGAGCGGCCAUCUGUGCAAAGUGUUCAAAGACCUUGGACAACAAAACGAGCCGCGUGUGCCCGGAGUGUUUCGAAGCCAGCGUCAGCCUGGAGACUCUCGGCGUCAGCGAACAGAAAAGGAAAGCUGUGCCUGAGAGACAGACGUCUCUAACGGGGGAGAACUGCCUGCUCUGUGGCCACCUUCAAGUGCAGGAGAAAGGGAAGAGCUGGUCCAAGAUGUGGGUGGCUGUCACCAAGGCUGAGCCACUGGUGCUGUACUUGCAGAGCAGUGGACAGGACUCCAAGGGCGCGAGGGCGCUGCCUCUCCCCGGGUUCGAAGUGGGCGCCGCCGUGACGCCGCCGCCGUCGUCGGGGGGCGAGAAGGCCGAGGUCAAACACGCCUUCCGCCUCAGCCACACCCAGCAGACUUUGCUCCUAAGUGCCCCAGACGCAGAGCUCCAGGCCAAGUGGGUGGACGUCCUCUCCAGGGCGGCCCGCGGGGAAACGCCGGCGGACGCGUCGACGAGUCUGACCGAACACAGGAAGAGCCAGUAGUGGCCAUGUUGGAGCCACAGGACUCGGCCUCCCCCCCCCCUUCCCCCCCCCCCUUA